AUGCCGCGUCUUGAGAACAUCCUCGAAGGCCUAACCAAGGCACACCAAAGGGAGCUGGGUUACCUCCCAGCCAGCGAGGACGAGCCCAAGUCUCUUAAGGCUGCGUUGAACACCCUUCAGUACGCACAUUGCCAGCGUCAGGUGGCCGCCGAAAAGUUUGGCAGGUAUCCCAACUUUGGAACACUGUCUUCAAGUACUACCGAGCCGAUUCCGCUGCACAGUCUUUGUCUCAGCGACAACGGUACCGAGAUGCUGGAGCUCCCCUGCAAUCAUGCCUUCGCGGCCAAGGCACUCAGCGACAUGCUCAGCCACGGCCAGCAUGCCACCAUUGAGUCUUGGGGUUGUCCGGUCUGCCGUCAAGGCCAGAUCAAGGCUGCACACUAUGGCGAGGUGCAGUCCAACCUGAAGGCUGUCUCUGGUGGUGCAGUCCACGACCUUCAGAAUGCGUUGUUCUGGAACGUUUGUUCUGCUGUGGAUGACGACUUCUGGGAUGGCCCAGCCACCCAAAUCGCCCCCUUCGGACAAUACUCCGAUUCCUUCCCACCCCCAUCUCGACCAUUUUGA